AUGGCAGAUAACACAAAUACUAACAAUACAUCUUCACACACCCCAUCAUCAUCCAUCGAUGCUGAUGCUACUGCUACUGCUGCCACUACCCAAUUUGUAGAUCAUUUUGGAGCUGCAGGUGCUCAAUACAGAUCUUUCAGACCAUCCUAUCCAAUUGAAUUGUAUGAUAUUAUCAAAGAGUACACUAAAGAACAACCAAAGAAACUUGCUUUUGAUGUUGCUUGUGGAAAUGGUCAAGCAACUGUUCAAAUUGCAGAAUUCUUUGACAAGGUAAUUGGAUUUGAACCAUCAGAUGGACAAUUUAAAAACUGUAUCCAGGCACCCAAUGUUGAAUACCGUGUUUCACCAGCCGAAGAUAUUGAUUGGAAGGAAAACGAGUCUGUUGAUUUAAUCACUGUCGCCACCGCUGUUCAUUGGUUUAACCUUCCAGUGUUUUACAAGGAAUGCCAAAGAUUACUAAAGUCAAAUGGUUCACUCAUUAUUUGGACUUAUGGUUUCUUUAAAAUCUUGGGUAAUGAAAAUGCAGAGGAAAUUAACAAAACUAUGGGAACUAAAACACUUGCAGAAUACUGGGCACCAGCCAAUAAGAUAGUUGCUGAGAAAUAUGUUAAUAUCCAUCCACCAUUUAGUCAAGUUGAAAGAAAGGAAAUAACAUUCAAGGUCGAUGUAACUUUGGAUCAAGUUGUUGGUCACUACCAAACCUGGUCAGCCUAUAGUAAAUACCUCAAAACCAAUGAAUGUAUAUUACCAAAAAUCAGGGAACAAUUACUCCAAGCAUUCAAUACUUCUGAUUCAUCUAUUCCAGUUGUAUUAGAGUACACUGUCUCUAUGAUUCUUUUUAUUGUUUUAGAGUACACUAAUAUAACACAAUAA